AUGCGGUGGCUCCUUGUUCCCACCAUCUUCAUCAUCCCUUACACUCAACAGCUACACAUAUGCAUUCAGUGCUCAAAACAGCCCACCGUGUAUAAGUUUUUCCACAGCCCACCAGAGCAGCCUGGAGAUAAACCUUCAGAAACUGGUGAAGUCCAGCGCAAAGAGGUUUGCCACUGGCCAUGCCGAUGCCCACCGGUGCCAGCCUGCAUCCCUGGGGUCAGUCUGGUGAAGGAUGGCUGUGGCUGCUGUAAGGUCUGUGCCAAGCAGGCAGGAGAGCCCUGCAAUGAAGCAGAUGUCUGUGAUCCCCACAAAGGGCUCUACUGCGACUAUUCGGAAGACGAGCCUAGGUAUGAAACAGGCGUGUGUGCAUAUGUGGUAGCUGUAGGAUGUGAGCUCAAUGGAGUUUAUUAUGCCAACGGGCAGACCUUUCAGCCUAACCGGCUUUAUAAGUGCCUGUGUGUCAGUGGUACAAUUGGAUGUACCCCUGUAUUCACACUGGGAUUAGCAGGAAGUCCCUGCACCAGGGUCCCAGGCAGAAAGAAGCCAGGACAAUCCAUCUGUGGCCUGGGACAGCACAAGCAACUUCAAUCAACCAACUACAGACUGAUGUCAGCUUACAGAAGCUUACCACUAGUUUUGAAGAAAAAGUGCCUCAUACAGGCAACUCCCUGGACACCCUGUUCCAGGACCUGUGGCAUGGGCAUAUCCAGCAGAGUGACCAAUGACAACAGAAAAUGUGAAAUGAAAAAAGAAAAGAGAUUAUGCUUCAUUCAGCCUUGUCUGACCAAUAUGCUGAAGAAAAUAAAGAUUCCAAAGGGAAAAACAUGUCAACCAACAUUCCAGCUUCCAACAGCAGAGAAGCUAGUUUUUUCUGGAUGCUCAACUACUCAAAGAUACAAACUAACUUUCUGUGGAGUGUGCUUGGACAAGAGGUGCUGCAUCCCUAAUAAGUCCAAAAUGAUCACUGUGCAGUUUGAGUGUCCCAACGAAGGCUUCUUCAGGUGGAAGAUGAUGUGGAUAACAUCGUGUGUGUGUCAGAGGAUUUGCAGUGCUCCGGGAGAUAUAUUUUCCCAACUCAAACUCCUAUGACAAAAUACACCAUUGACUAUAACACAUGGAGUGCAACAACACAGUUACACCUUGAAGAGUCAGCAUAACCCCCUGCCACAGCAGUGUUUAUAAUGAAAAUACACACAUGACUAUCCGUUCAUUUUUUAACUAGCACCUGUAAAACGCCAGUUGGCAUCUUUUUAAAUGUAACUGUUUUUACAUCAGGAGAUACAUUCUUGAGGAGGAUGUAUCUAACACCAGCAGUACUCCAACAAGAACUUUUGGUAACUAAGAAAGGCACAGCAAGAGAGCUUCAUAUCCCGCUGGAACAAGUUUUUGCCCACAAAGACAAAUAGCUGCUCUAACCUAUUAAGAAAAAAAUUGCCCUGUAAUACUUCAUCUAUCAUUCUUCAUUCUUAAAUUAACCUUUUCUGCUAUACAUCUGCAAUAGUAAAACACAUCAAUGCUGUUUGGAAA